AUAGGUCAAGGUUCAAUCUAAAACACGAAAUGGCAACAAACUUUUGAGCAGAGAUCGAAAUGUUUCAAGAAUCUUAAGUUAUUAGAUUCUAGAUCCAUAGAGUCUAAGUACAUUGAAGUAAAGUUAUCUCUAUAGUCUAUAGUAUUCUAGAUCUAAAGUCUACAGUUAGUACUAUUGAAAUUAGACAAUGGCAGGAAGAGGACUGAUAGAAGGAGAAUGUGGUGGCCCUAACUCUCUGGUCAAGUUAACCUCUCACUUUCUCCAAGACCAUGGUUUUAAACAGGAAUCAUAUGGUGUCACCGGUAGAGGACCACCAUUAAAAAAAUUUGAGAUAAAUCGGCCUCUUGGAUCUGCUUCUUCUGAUGAGCUUGUCAGUGAAUUUCUUUCAAGUCACCAGACAGCCAUGGCACCCCAGACAUUCCAUAUGGGAAGUCUGCUUCAGGAAAUGAGAGAAAUUGAAGGAGCAGAAAUGAUUCAUGCACCACAACGAGCGCCAGGAAUAGCUGAGCUUGCAACCACUGGCAACUGGGCGGAGGAAUUCCUCUCAAGUUCUGGUGCCAACAAUAAGUUAGCUUUAGGAGGAGGUGAUCAGUGGGCAGCUGAGUUUGGACGCUUGAGAGGUGGUGAAGACAUCAAAUGGGCUCAUGAAUAUUUAGAUGCAGAGGGUCAUGACAUCUGGUCCUCGGAGUUUGAGAAGGAAGUGCUGAAUGACACAAAGUGGGUUGACCAGUUUUCUGCUCAGUUAACUGACAAGGAUCUACAGAGCACAGCAAAUGCGUUUCUUGGUUCAGUAGAUGACCCCAAGAUUAAUGAUACUGAGUUUAUGAAGUUUGUAAAGAAGAUUGGCACAGGGGAGGUAAUAGUCAAAGACAAUCAAGUAAUAGAAAGCUCAGGAGAUGCUCUGACGGAUGCAUGGGUUCAAGAUUUCUCUGCACAGCAAUCUUCACAAGCUGAGAAAUCACUAACAGAAAAAUGGGAAGAAGAGUUUGCAGACUUUUCAGCAGCAGCACAAAGUAAUUCAGACACUGAAUUCUGGGAUAGACUACAGAAACAGUGGGAGGAAGUGAAAGAUGACUCAGGACAUCCAUGGUUGACAGAGUACACCUCGUCCAAAGUUUUUAAGGACUAUGAGUUUGAGGCAGACAAUCACCUCAUAGAUCAUGAAAAUGCCUUUGAAGAAGGGAAAAAGAAGCUUGAACAUGGAGACAUACCCAAUGCAGUUUUAUUAUUUGAGGCAGCAGUUCAGAAAGAGCCUUCCAAUGAGCUGGCCUGGCAGUAUUUGGGCACCACACAAGCUGAGAAUGAACAAGAACUCAAAGCUAUAGCAGCUUUACGAAAAUGCCUAGAACUGAACCCUGUCAACUUGACUGCUUGGAUGGCCUUAGCAGUCUCUUACACCAAUGAAUCUUAUGGUUCACAUGCUUGUCAUGCUCUCAAGUCCUGGUUGGCCUACAAUCCUAGAUACUCAAGCUUGAUUCAGGGACAACUGCCUGCACAACCUUCUGAAUUAACAUUUAUGUCAAGUGCUGAACAUGAACAGAUUCGAGAACUGUAUUUGUCCGCUGCCAGGAUUUCUGCUGAGACACAGAUUGAUCCAGAUGUACAGUGUGGUCUUGGUGUCUUGUUCAACUUGAGUGGAGAAUAUGACAAAGCUGUUGAAUGUUUUGGUUUAGCUCUGCAAGUCAGACCCAGGGAUGCAUUACUAUGGAAUAAAUAUGGAGCUACACUGGCUAAUGGCAGCAGAAGUGAAGAGGCUGUAGAAGCUUACAGACAAGCAUUGGAAAUAUCUCCUGGCUUUAUUCGUUCACGUUACAAUUUAGGAAUAGCUUGCAUCAAUUUACAAGCUUACAAAGAGGCUGUGGAACAUUUUGUUCUGGCAUUGAACAUGCAGAAGGAAAGCAGAGGACCAUAUGGUCAAACAUCUGCUAUGUCUGAAAACAUCUGGAGCACCCUCAGAAUGGCCUUAUCUUUAUUAGGCAGAACUGACUUGUACGAGGCUUGUGACAGGCGAGAUCUAGAGCGCUUGAAAGACAUCUGAUCUGACCUGACCUUAGAUGUGAAAAUAGAAACUUUGACAUUUUAGUGAAGUCAGCAGCUCAUUUCUCUCAGGAUGUUGGAGUCUCUAAAAACUGUUACUCUCACCAAUCGUUGUCAGUUCCUCUAAUGGAAAGCUCAGAAAGCAAGAGUGGUUCUGGUGUGCAACUGUACGGAACUCUAAAGUUAAUUUUUGAGUAACGUCAGAUUUGCAGUCUAAUAUGUGGAGAAAGAGAAACAAUAAAGGCUCUUUAACUGACACAGAGCAAGAGACUUGUAGAUUAAUUUGAAAAAAUACAUUUAGUUGAUGAAUAUAUUUUGUUGUGGCUGUGGUGCAAUUUGUUUGUGUCUGUAUUCUGUUAACCAGAAAUUGACUUUCUGCCCAAGUAUUUAUGGAUGAUUCAUUUUGUUAAUGCUGUUUCUUUCUCUACAAAUAUUUCAUGCACCACCUCUUGAAUUUUGGAAGUGGGUGUUUUUAAUACUUAAAUACUUUAAUGUCUUACAGUUAAAAAAAAAAAGUUAUUUUUAUUUGAAAAAAAAGUUUUUUGUUAAUUUUUUUGUUGUUUGUAAAUUUUAUGAUAAAUAUUUUUUUUUUUUUUUUUGCAUUUUAAUUCAGCCCUUAAUAUAUUAAAGUCUCUCCAGGUUUAUUCCAGCAUUGAAAAUGAGUAACUUGGCCUCUCUACAUCUAUGUCAAACAUAAGAUUUUCCACAUUUCAAAGUAUGAAUAAAACUCAUGCAAAUGAAUGUAAAUGAUAUAGGCAUCAUAUUUAAAAAAAAAAAAAAAGAAAAAAAAUAAUGAUAAAGGUGAAAGCUGCUAUUAGUUUCGUGUUGUCUGUCUGUUCAUCUGUCUGCCCCAUUUAUGUCUCAAAAACAGGAACCGCUAGUGAAAAUCUAAUUCUAUCCUACUUUGUAGCUUGAUACUUUUUCUUUACUUAAAGCGAAAUAUUCUGUGUUUAAAAUGAACUAUGCAGCCCCUCAUGUUAUACAUCUACGUCAUGUUAAAUGUAUACUUAAAAAGACUUGUAUUGUAGGUACUAAUAAUAGUCAUGUAAUAAUACUGACAUUAACAAGAAUAAAGGGACAUUCUCUUUUUUAAA